AUGAGUUCUGUGCAGGAAUCCGCCCAGGGCCCGGGCAAUCCGCCUGCUGCUCCGCGCCCUCAGGUCCAGGCCAACCAACCUCAGCAGGCUCGCCGUGCCCAGGCUGCCGGGACUCGUCGUGACGCGACCCAGCAGACCGGUACCUCCCCUCCCGCGAAGAGAGUCCGCUCGAACGCACAGGCAAACGCAAGUGCUCAGCCUGUGACUGGCCAGCCAAAUAUUGGAAAUCCGGCGAUCGUGAAUAACCGGGCUACUGUCAAUAACCGACCUACUGUCAACAACAAUAAUGUCAGGCCUAGUGCCAACCAGGCAGGCGUCAAUCAGCCAGGCCUCAACCAGCCAGUCGUCAACCAGCUCGAAGCAACCCCGCCCCCCGGCGUCUCGCGCUUCCUACCAACCUACCAGCCGGUCUUCAACAACCAACAGUUCACAAUCCUCAUCUGGGUAGGCGUGCAGCACACAGCCUUCUUCGUGGACCUAGAGCAGAUCCGCCCGUACAGCAAUCAACUGUACGCCUGGAUGGUCAGCGCGAAAAGGCAGGGCACGCGGCUCAUGACCCUCCGGGACGAAGACCCCGCCACCUUCAGCAACUUCAUCAAAUGGACCGGAGACCGCGUCCUCUUCGACGGCCUCUGGCUCCCCGACCUGGCCCCCGUUUUCAAACUGUGGCAUUUCGCAGAACGCCACACCUGCCCCGAGCUGAAGAGCGACCUGUUGCUGUACCUGCAGAGCUGGCUGGGCGGGAACCGCGCCCCGAUCCCGCUGAGCACCAUCCAAUACGUCUAUGCUUCCUCGCGGCCUGGUUCCAUGAUGCGUAAGAUGGUCGCCGAGGUUAAUGCGUGGCGGCUUGGCUGUGUGGAGUUUCGUGGUACGAAGACGGUCGCGCCUCGUGAGUAUAUUGAGGAUCUCGCUGAGGGGUUGUUGGCCGUGCGUACGGUUUGUCCUGUUACGGGGUUGGCGGGCGAUUUUGCUACGCGUUAUUUGCAGGUUCAGGCGGAGGGUGCUCAGGCAGGAAAUGCUCAGGCUGGAGGUGUCCAGGCUCAGGGUGCUCAGGCUGGAGGUCCUCAUGCCGGAGGCGCCCAGGCGCAAGGUGCCCAGCAGAAUGCAGCAUAGAGAGUCAGAGC